CGCUACCUACCUAGGAUACGAAAGCUCGACUCCAAUCCAAUCCGCCAUCAUACCUUACCUACCUGACCGUUGAUUGAAUCGAAACUACCGACCGAUUCACGUUCCGUGGGAAAGACCACCACAACAAGCCAGCUCGACAAUUCAUACGGACGGCGGAACUUCUAGCAGUGUGCGCUCCUCGAUACACUCAUUACCACGCACUGUCCAGAACCGUUUUCGCCUCCGCUACGAGUCCCUACCUAUCCGACAACUUAUCGAAUACACACAUCAUCGAACCUCGGGCUAGAUUCCGACCGACACCUUCGAGUUACCUACCACCACACACAACAUCUCGCCCAACAUGUCGUCCAGAAAGAAGGUUCUUUUGAAGGUCAUCAUCCUUGGUGACAGUGGUGUCGGCAAGACCAGCUUGAUGAACCAAUAUGUCAACAAGAAGUUCAGUGCCAGCUACAAGGCCACCAUUGGUGCCGAUUUCCUGACGCGGGAGGUGCUUGUUGACGACCGUCAAGUUACUAUGCAGCUCUGGGAUACUGCUGGCCAGGAGAGAUUCCAGUCACUGGGUGUUGCGUUCUACCGUGGAGCGGAUUGUUGCGUUCUCGUCUUUGACGUCAACAACUCCAAGAGCUUUGACGCCCUUGACAGCUGGCGUGAUGAGUUUCUGAUCCAAGCUUCACCGCGGGACCCUGACAACUUUCCAUUUGUUGUGUUGGGAAACAAGAUUGAUGUUGAGGAGAGCAAACGAGUGAUUUCAACUAAACGCGCCAUGACCUUUUGCCAGUCCAAAGGUGGCAUUCCGUACUUUGAGACAAGUGCAAAGGAGGCCAUCAACGUAGAGCAAGCCUUUGAAGUCAUUGCCCGGAACGCUCUGGCCCAAGAGGAGUCGGAAGAGUUCAGCGGUGACUUCCAGGACCCCAUCAACAUCCAUAUCGACAACGACAGGGAUGGAUGCGCCUGUUAAAGUAUAGCCCUUUGGAUAUUUCAGCGUGCUUUUUUGGACGAGCUUGAGCUCGACUUGGCGACAAUAGACAGACCAUGUUCGUUUGGUCGGACAGCUUGAUUCUUUUGUCGUUUCCAGCCGCAUCACCGGGAUGGUUUUUUUUUAGACUUUUCACGUGUAUUCGAUAUCUCUUGGACUGCUUGUCCCAAGAAGCAAUGUACCAUACAUCACACGCGGCUGCUUUGGUCUGUUCUUCUCAUUUUUUACACGUAGUAAGCAAAAGAAACUACAGUCGCGCGGGGUACCCAUGCAUUCCAGGAAAUGAUUGAGGCUUAUGUUGCCAUGCGAUACUUCUAUCAUCCCGUCUCGAC